GGAAUCCGAGCUCGCAUUUUAGAAACCCUGGUUAUGCUUCUUCUUCUUGCCUUACUGAUUCUUGGGAUAGUGUGGGUGGCUUCGGCGCUCAUUGAUAAUGAUGCUGCAAGUAUGGAAUCUUUAUAUGAUCUCUGGGAGUUCUAUCUACCCUAUUUGUAUUCCUGUAUAUCACUGAUGGGAUGUUUGUUACUUCUUUUGUGUACACCAGUUGGCCUUUCCCGUAUGUUCACAGUGAUGGGUCAGUUGCUAGUGAAACCAACAAUUCUUGAAGACCUGGAUGAACAAGUUUACAUUAUUACCCUAGAGGAAGAAGCACUCCAGAGACGACUAAAUG